ACCGAUUCUCUCCAGAACCGCCGCAAUUUCAUUUUGUUCGUUGUCGGAAUUCGCCGACUCUGUGACCAAGGAUGAUUCAAAACGCUGCGAUUCGAGUAUUGAAAUCUGCGGAUGUGAUACUCUCGGAGGACACGAGACACUCUGGGAAGUUGCUACAGUUUUACAAUAUUAAAGCUCAGCUUCUUAGUUAUCACAAGUUCAACGAGGCCCAGAGAGAGCAAGCGGUGUUGACACGGUUGAAACAAGGAGAGAUUGUUGCACUUAUCAGCGAUGCGGGCACACCCGGAAUUAGUGAUCCUGGUACUCAACUUGCUAAAAUAUGUGCGAAAGAAAAUAUAGAUGUGAUUCCAAUACCUGGGGCUUGUGCUGUAGUUGCUGCUCUUUCUGCCUCUGGUUUAGAUACAGAUGAGUUCACAUUCGUUGGAUUUCUUCCUAAGCAUUCUGGAACAAGGAAGGCGAGGCUGAUUGUUUCAUCAAAUGAGACAAGAACACAGAUCUUUUAUGUUCCCCCUCAUAAGUUGUCACAGUUUCUUGAAGAAACAACCCCUUACUUUGGUGAAUCAAGGCAAUGUGUAAUAGCUCGAGAGAUUACAAAGCUGCAUGAAGAGUUUUGGAGAGGUUCGAUAGGGGAAGCCAAGGAAGAGUUUCUGAUCCGCCAACCAAAAGGAGAAAUCACGCUUUUGAUAGAAGGAAAGGAAGAAACCAAAGCUGAAAAUCCAACGGAGUCUCAACUUGAAGAAGAGUUAAAGGGGCUGAUCUCUGAUGGACAUAGCCUUUCCACGGCGGUGAAAACGGUGGCGGAGAGAACGUCAAUGAGAAAGAAAGAGGUAUAUUCGCUGGCAUUGAAGAAAUUCGGGAAGCAGAUUCAGGUAGAAGAUGAAGCUGAUGAGUAAAAUGAGAGGAUAUUGCAUCAAACUCAUCAAUGUCAUGUUGUAAAACUGUUGCGUUAAACCUCAAAGCCCUUGAGCUUUGGAUAUUGAUUUGGUGAAUUUAGAGUAGUUAUUUCCUCCAGAUUGUUUUCACUUGUGUUUUCACUUGUUUUGGUUUGGUGCUGAUGAAUAUUUUAACUACCAAAAUGGAUACCGUUUGUUAUAUGUUAGAAUAAAUUAAUGAGAAACCG